AAUAAUCUUCCUCCCAUGUUUUCAUUUUUUUCCUUUGGAAAUUUUCACUCCCCCUUUUCUCUCCUGCAUUGAAACAUACUCUGAGUUCUCAUUGAAGCGGUUUUUAAGCUUUCUCCCUUCCAUUGAAGCAGCUUCUGAGGAAGGAACUAUGAAUAUGGACCUUUCUCCCUGGCCCAGGCGGCGGCCACUCCUCCUGCCUGGGCUCAGGGACGGGCUGCAUAAGAGUGGUAAAAUCGUGCUUCUAACAUGUAUUUGAGUUACUGCUCUUGCAUGAUGGCUUAUCAUUGCAUAUGCUGCUUUGAGGAUGUCCCAUCUUCAUAUCGAUGAUGCUGAUUAUAUGGCAGAGGAGUACGAAAUUGAAGAUUUUGAUGAUGAUAUGGAUGAAGAUUUUCGUGAUAGAGAGAUGGGUGGAUCAGAUUCUGAAAUUGAAGAAUAUGAUUUCAUGGAAAAUAAAUUUGCAGAUACUUCCUCCGCCCAAGCUAGGAGAGGAAGAGACAUCCAAGGCAUACCCUGGGAAAGGCUCAGCAUUACUAGGGAAAAGUACCGCCAGACUCGAAUAGAACAAUACAAGAACUAUGAAAACAUCCCCAACUCUGGUGAAGGGACAGAGAAGGUAUGCAAUCAAACGAAGAAAAAGGGGAUAUAUUACGACUUUAGACACAAUUCAAGAUCUGUGAAGUCAACUAUUCUCCACUUUCAGUUAAGGAAUUUGGUUUGGGCUACCUCGAAGCAUGAUGUAUAUCUCAUGUCUAAUUCAUGUAUUGUCCAUUGGUCUUCAUUGGCGCGUUGCAAAUCCGAGGUUCUUAAUGUCUCAGGGCAUGUAGCUCCAACAGAAAAACAUCCUGGAAGUAUAUUGGAAGGAUUUAGUCAAACCCAAGUCAGUACUCUUUCUGUCAAAGAUAAUUUGCUAGUUGCUGGAGGAUUUCAGGGGGAACUUAUUUGCAAGAAUUUGGAUAGAUCUGGAGUCAGCUUCUGCACUCGGACCACAUAUGAUGAUAACGCUAAUACUAAUGCUGUUGAGAUCUAUGCCUCUCCCAGCGGUGCAAUUCAUUUUACUGCCUCCAAUAAUGAUUCUGGAGUGAGGGACUUUGACUUGGAGAAGUUCCAGCUUUCAAAGCAUUUUCAAUUUCCUUGGCCAGUAAAUCAUACGUCCUUCAGCCCUGACAGUAAAAUGCUUGUGAUUGUUGGAGACAAUCCUGAGGGCAUUUUGGUUGAUUCCAGAAAUGGAAAGACUAUUACACUUUUGACUGGACACUUGGAUUACUCAUUUGCAUCAGCAUGGAACCCUGACGGUGUCACUUUUGCUACCGGAAACCAGGAUAAGACCUGCCGAAUUUGGGAUGUCCGAAACUUGUCAAAAUCUGUGUCUGUUCUCAGGGGUAAUUUGGGAGCUAUCCGGUCCAUCCGCUACUCAUCAGAUGGCUGCUUCAUGGCUAUGGCAGAGCCAGCAGAUUUUGUACAUAUAUUUGACGUGAAGAAUAAUUAUGAAGAGGAGCAAGAAGUUGAUUUCUUUGGUGAAAUAUCUGGCAUCUCAUUUAGUCCAGACACCGAGUCUCUUUUCAUUGGAGUGUGGGAUCGCACAUAUGGAAGCCUGUUGGAGUAUAGUCGUCGUAGGAAUUAUUCGUAUUUGGAUUGCUUAAUUUGAGGCUCAUUUAUCCUUGUCUGCACCCAUUAGGUGUGCAUGCUUUCACAGAGAAGAGGGGGGGGGGGGGGGGUUGGCUGAGGGUGUCCUUGUAUAUGUAGUUUAUGGUCGCACAUAAGUGACUUUGGUAUGAUUUCUUGUAUAUCUUUGUUUCCUGAAUGUAAUAUGAAUAACGUGUUCUGAUCAAGUGGAGGGAUGUACAGAAGGCUAGAUAGUAUUUUCAUUGCAAGAACAUAGAUAACCAAGAUAUACCCAAGGCAAAAUUAUGGCCUUUUGUACCUAGUGGACAUAGUUUUUUAACAAGAUAUUUUCAGGCAUUUUUCGCGAAAUUUGCUCAACUGUAUUGGAGUGGUAUGCUCUUUGAACUACAAUAUGGGUUAUGAAUGCUGAAGGCUAGAUAGCAUUUUUAAUUUUUUAUUGCAA